ACCCAAGUAAAAUAAAAUAAACAAUUUGAAAUGAGUUUCCGCCGAAUUUUGAUGAGUCUGAUAAUUCUUUUGUAAAUUUUAUUUCGGGAUUAAAUAUUGAAUAUGGAACUUUUUAUUGAUUUUAAUGGAUGACUUAAUAAAAUUUUACAGAUUAUUGAAAGAAGAUUUCUUAAGAGCAACGAAAAGAAUAUUAAAAGAGGAAGUACCAAAACAAGAAACAACGUUAGAAGACGCUAGGAUUGACAUUAUCACUACAUUUAACAAAAUAGUUCAAUUCUAUAUUGACCAUUGGAACAAGUUUUCCGAAAAAGACCAAGAUACGUUGCUUGAGAAAUUUGAGACUAAUAAAAACAAGUUGAUAGAUUGCUUUAAAGUGUUGAAUGUAAUUGCUGAUCCAAAUACAAUUACAUACAAUCAAUUACUAGUAGAGUCUGAGCUCAAAAGGCAAAUUAAUUCUAAUCCCAAUUCAAGAUCUGAUCCAAAUCAAACUAACGAGUCUGGACCAGAUUACAGUCACAAGAUGUCUGCCGAAGAAAAUUUUCUCAAAUUAUGUGGGUCUACCAUAAACAAACCUUACGAUGGAGAUCCAUUGUCACUUAACAGCUUUGUGGACUCUCUGAAUUUGUUGAACAAAAUGGCAAAGUCUGAUGCUUUGAAGGAGAUCUUGAUUGAAUUUGCGCUUACUAAAUUGAUAGGAACUGUUCGAGAUGGAAUAGUGGGUACACCGGGAACUGUGAAUGAAAUUAUAGACGCAGUGAAAGCAGUAGUUAAACCAGAGAGCUCAAAAGUAGUUGAAGGAAAAUUUCAUGCAUUGAGAUUAGAUCGUACGCCUGUACAAAACUUUUGUGACAAAUCUAAUGAAUUAGCAGAACGUUUUCGCAGAGCACUCAUUUUAGAGGGAAUACCCCCAGAAAGAGCUGAAAUUAUGACUGUUGAUAAAACAGUAGAAGUCUGCCGCUUGAACGCUAAAUCCGAUUUGAUUAAGUCAGUGUUAGCAUCUACUCCGUUUACCGAUCAUAAGGAGGUUGUUUCUAAGUUUAUUUGUGAAAUAAGUUCUCAACGACAAGAGAAACAAGUUCUUUCAUACAGGGCUCAACGAGGAAAUCCUAAUAAUUAUAGAGGCCGUGGUAGAAAUCGAGGUAAUGGAUAUUCUCGAGGUAACAAUCGUGGCGAUCAAGUAAAUUCUCAGACGUUCUACAAUUCGAACAGGAAUGACAAUUCUAAUAAUAACUAUUACCGGAGAAAUAAUAGAUAUAAUGGUAGAAGUAGAGGCACCUCUAAUAGAGGGUACCGCUCUAACAAUUUUAAUAAUUCUAGUUAUCCUGUCAGAUAUUUGGGAAACGAGGAAGCCCCCCAAUGGGGACUGGGGGGGGAAAGCCAGGAAAUAGUCCCUCAACGACUGGCAAUAACAAAUUGAAAACAGUGUAUUCUCUUAAUUCAAAUUUUUCCGAUUUCGUCAUCUUAUUUUCUAAAUUAAAUUACGAAGGCUCCACAAUGUUAGUUGAUACUCAAGCCGGAAUUUCUCUUAUAAAAAUUUCUUCGAUAAAAAAUUAUUUUAACGUGGCUAAGCGUAUGAAUGUAAAUGAUAUAAUCAGCAUUAAAGGAUUUACUAAUGAAAUAAUAUUAUCCUUAGGAACGAUAUGCGUUGAUUUUUAUGUUGAUAACGAAAUUGUGCCAGCAUUACUCCAUGUAGUGCCAGAUGAUUUCGACAUCCCUUCAGAUGGGAUUAUUGGGAAGGAUUUCCUUCAUUUUUACAAAUGUAGCAUUGACCUGAAUAAGAUGACUCUUAAUAUUAAUUUGAAUGGCUACAUUCUACCAAUUCCACUACUGGAAGGCCCUGAAGAUGAUGUGAUGGUUUUACCAGCGCGUAGUGAAGUAGUUCGUUCAAUUAAAUUAUCUUCUGUAGGAGAUGUACUGGUAUUAGACCAAGAAAUUGAAGAGGGUGUUUUGGUACCACGAACAAUUGUAUCAUCAUCAAAUCCUUUAAUACGGAUACUGAACGUUAACACCUCCUACAGAGCAGUUAAAAAAAGUAGUUUCAUUGAAACAGAGCCGCUUUCUAAAUACGACAUAGUCGAUCUAAAACAAGCCAGCUCAAAAGAAAACAGAAAAACACAACUUUUUGAAAAACUCAGAAAGAAUACAAACCCCUUAUAUAGGUCGAAAAUGCAAAAACUGUGGGACAAAUAUCCU